GAGCCCACGCUGCUGUCACCACGCCGGCUCUAAUAAAUGGCCACGGCCAUUCCAAGACCAGAUUACGGCAGAUUAAAGAGGGCACAGUGGCACGCGUAAACUUUUCGCGUGUUUCCGCGGAGCGGCUAGCUGCGCUACGGGCGUCGCGACGCGCGGACGAAUCAUGAUGCUGCAUCUUUGAUGGGACGCCGAAUCAAGACUGUCUGCGAUCCAGCGAGGUUUUGCCAGUGUCCUACCAUGUCACAAUGCUUAUAAUUCAGCUCGUGGUGUUGCUCAGCGUGUUGUUCUUCAGCGGCGCGCGGGGCUCGGCGGGCUCGAGGGCGCAGCCGUGCGCCGGGGCGCAACCGUGUGACCCGCGACACCGGCGCGACGCCGGAGGUCGCGGUGGCGUUUACGAGCACCUCGGAGGCGCGCCGCGGCGCAGGAAACUCUACUGCGCUACUAAAUAUCACCUACAGAUACAUCCAAACGGAAAAAUAGACGGAUCUCUAGAAGAGGACAAUCCUCUGAGUAUUUUAGAGAUCACUGCGGUGGAUGUUGGAGUGGUAGCCAUCAAGGGCCUGUUUUCUGGAAGAUAUUUAGCCAUGAAUGAGAAAGGUCGCCUAUAUGCCUCGGAAGUCUUUAACAAGGAGUGUGAAUUUCUGGAGCGCAUUCACGAGUUAGGCUACAAUACCUAUGCUUCACGGCACCACUCGACGACUCAGCACUCAGGAUCCAGUGGACGGGGCAACAAGCAUCGAGCCUUUGUCAAGAAGCAGUGGUACGUGUCUAUUAAUGGAAAAGGUCGGCCCAGGAGGGGCUUUAAGACGAAGAGCACAGACAAAGCUUCUCUCUUCCUGCCCCGUGUUUUGGGCAACAAGGACCAUGAGAUGGUCUCACGUCUCCUGGAGAGCAGACAAGACGAGACAAGGUAUCAAAGAUCCCACACAGGUCGUGCUGAACGAAGGAGUCGGAGGCACAAGGAACCCAAACGCCAUGGCAGAAGGGGUAAUAGAGGCAAAUCUGGCCACAAGAAAGAGACUUCAGAUGGACAACUGGAAUAGACAAUUUCAAAGAAGACCUUUCAUGGCGAUAUGCUAUCAUUUUAGAUAUAAAGAUCUUUUCCUUAUAUUAAGAGAAGAAUUUUCUCCUUUAUAUAUUAUUCCUCAAGAGUCUUGCAUUUGAUAUGUAAGGACACUCCAAAUGCAUUUAUAUGACCAAAACUGAAUACUGCUGGAUAUUUUCAGAUAUGUGAAUAUGUAUGGUAUUGUAGAAAGAUGUAUAGUCACUUUCAACAUUUUUCCCCAUUCUUAAACAAAUAAUAUUUUAAAAGAUAAAAGUAGGGAAUUUGGAUAAAAGUGCCGAAGAUGUGUUAUAUUGUUGGACUUUAGAGAUAAGGUGUCCAGAAAAGCACUUUUUAUCACAUUAACUUGUAUAGUAGGAGACAAAGGUACAUGCUAAACAGAGGGAUUUUUACAAAAUGUACAUGUGAUAGUCUACUGUUCUUAAACUGCAAUGAGAAGUACUUUGUAUAUUACUAAUGUUAUGCAUAUUUAUUUUGUCCAUGUGUUAAGUUAUUGAUGACAUAGUUUCUACAGUUUAAUAAUAGCCUAAUAAUUCUCAUUACCAUUAGAAGAAAAUGACAUUAUUUGUGCUCACAUGAGUAGAAUUGUGAACACAGAUUCUCUGGGCUAAUAUCCAAAAAAAAAAAAAAAAAAUCAUGUGGCUACAAAUGAAAUUAUUGGUCACUUGUAAAGUUGUGAAUGAAUUUUCUUAUGUAUCAAACACUGUAAUAUGUGGCAGCGUAAAGUAAAGAUGUGCUGUUCAACACUGAAAGAUAAACAUGUGGAGGAAUGUCACC